AUGUCGUCUUUACUAUACGGAGAUUCCCCGCUUGCCUGUGCAUGGCUUGCGUCGAGUCUUGAAAAAAAACUAUCCAAACAACAAUAUCUAAAGACUUCAGUUACGUCGUCCGCUAAAGCGAUAGAGGAAUCUACUACAAUUUCUACCUUUUCAGUACAAAGUCAAACACCAGAAGACAAAGAAAACCAUGUGACAUUACGUGUCUCUGGCCAGCUAUUAUAUGGAGUUGUGAAAAUAUACUCUAGAAAAACAAGGUAUUUGUACGAUGAUGUAUCUAUGGCUUUACUUCAACUACGUUCGGCAUUUGCUGUUUCUAAAUCACUUACUGUUCCAUUAGAAGAUACUAUAGUUUCGUUGGAAUCUAUAACAAUGAAGGACAGAAUAACAGAGGCUAACAUUAUAGACACGGAUUUCAACCUAGAUGAGGUAUUUGGUGGUUCUUCCAAAAACUCUCAAAUGAGAACAUGGACUCAGGAGGAUAGCCAGUCAGAUGAUUACGCAUUAGGUGAUAUUAGCAUUGGUAGAGGUGUAGACGAAGAUGUAGGAAAUGUUUCUAUCGAUGCAUUAGCCAGGCGUGCUGAGCCCGAACUUGAUGACUUAGAUCAUGUUCCUGAAUUUGAAUUACCACUGGAUUUUGACAAAGGUAUAGGACCAGAUAUUGAGACUGUUGCUGGAAUUGCCAACUACAACAUCGAAGCUGCAGACAAUAUGGAUUUAGAAUUUACCAUAGACGAAACACAUAUGGAAAACGAAGAAUUACAAAACAAACAAACUGAGAUGCGGAGUAACAACAUUUUUGGCAAUGAAGGAGUGGAAGAAGGAGAAGGAAAAGGAGAAGGAGAAGGAGGAGAAGAAGAGGAGGAAGAAGAAAGAGCCAUUUUAAUGAAGAGACCAACGAGAACCUAUCAGAGGAAAUCAUAUGACAAUUUAUCGGUCAUACGGACAAAUCGAAAGAGACUAGUAAUUGAUGAAACUAAUGAAAUUGCCACCAAUGUUUUGAAAAAAAGCCAACGGGAUUUUCCUCCUAAACCGGAAAGUAAAUUGCAAUUUAAUAUUCAAAUAGUUAUGGAAAACUUGAAUCCUGAAUUCCUGAAAAGAGUUGGUACCUCUUGGAUGUCAGUUAAGCGUAGAAAGCUCCGUGAGAAAACGGAUUCGAGUUACAAUGAGACUUUUGCAGAUACACCAUUGUAUGAUGAGAAUGAAAAUGAAAUAAGUGGGUAUGAAGUACCAGAGUUUACUAUCAAUGAGCCAACAGAAAUUGAACAGGAAGAAGAACACGCCAGCAAAGGUCAUGUUUCCGAUUUUGAGACGUUUUCACCUGGGGUUUCAGUCCCAGAAGAAGACGAACAAGAAGAAGAAGAACCAGAAGAAGGAGAAGAAGAAGAGCCAGUAGAGCUGAACGAACGCUCUGAUGAAAGAACAAUUCAAGUUGCAAGUGCUCUCCGUGCUAAGUUUGCUGAUACUCAAGUUUCAUUUGUUUCAUUUGAUAAUAUACCAGUUGAACUAUCUAAAAAUACAAAAUCUAACGCAACAAGGACAUUUUUUGAAUUGUUGGUGUUAGGAACCUCAGGUGCUGUGAAACUACAACAAGAUAGAUUGUUUGGAGAAAUAAAAGUGGAGUCCCGGCCUCAAUUAUUCGAAAACUUUCUAUAA